AUGAAUUUAAUAUAUAGCAACGAUAAGGAAAAGACUGAAAACAACAAUCAGUUAUUGUCAUGCAAUGAGGACAAAUGUUUGUGUGAAGAUGAAGUGGAUUUAAUGGAGCAUAUACAAAUUUUAUUGGAUUCUUAUCCCAAAUGCAAUUUUGUUCAGCAAAUAUUGCAAACAUUAUGCAACGAAGGAACGGUGACUGAGAAAAUAAUAGCACAUCUCAUCGAUAGAUCAAUUCGUAGGCAAAGAAUGAUCCAAAAGCAAAUUAAGAUUUUAAAAAGCAGCCAGAUCAGAAAAUCAAUCGCUGAUGAUAAGUGA